AUGUCACCUGAAGAUAAAUUUGUACUGGAAGAAUUCAAGAAUUCCAUCAAUAUGGUUGAAGGACGAUAUGAGGUAUCUCUCCCCUGGAAAGUUGAUAAGAAACAACUCCCUACCAACUUAGUACUCUCGAGGAAAAGACUGAACAGUACUAUUCACAAGCUGAAACAAACUAAUAAAUAUCUGGAAAUUUAUGACCAGAUUAUCAAUGAACAACUGUCUCUCAGCUUCACUAAAACAGUGCCAGAAGACCUCAAGUUGACCAACAUACAUUAUUUACCCCAUUUACCUGUAAUUAAGGAUUCAACUACAACGCCCAUUCGUAUUGUAUUUGAUGCAAGUGCCCGAAUGGACAAGCAGGCCCCUAGUCUGAAUGAUUGCUCAUACUCUGGCCCAUCCUUGACUAGUCAUCCAACCAACUUGUUGUUGAAAUUCCGUCUCUACCCAUUUGCAGUAUGGGUAGACAUCAGCAAAGCCUUCUUAUGGGUAGGUCUCCAACCUAGAGAUUGUGAUUAUACACGUUUCAUCUGGCUAAAAGAUCCUAACAAUGAAAAGGACCUUCAAGCCUAUAGGUUUAGAUCAGUUCUCUUUGGAGCCACCUGCUCGCCUUUUCUACUCCAGUCGACCUUGCAACAUCAUUUUGUAACCUACCUCACUUCACCUGAAGUUAGUUUCCUCAUGACCAAAUUUUAUGUGGACAACUUAAUUGGUUCCUUACCUAAAACAGUCAGCCUCUACAGUCUUUACAAGGUUGCAAAGGAAGUUCUGUCAGAUGCCGGAAUGCCUUUAAGAGAAUGGAUAAAACUUCAAGAAGAGUGGUUGAAGAUCAAGAAAGACCUUAAGAACAUAUCAUACCAGGAAUUCCCACGCUUCACAGCCAACAGAGGGACUAACUACUCUCUUCACAUAUUCUGUGAUGUUAGUGAAAUGGCCUAUGGGGCUGCAGCCUAUUUGACGGACCAACACAAAGGUGCAAACCUGAUUUUCUCCAAAGCUAGAGUCGCCCCUCUUAAAAAGAAGAGCAUACCACAACUUGAGCUGACUGCCAACUAUAGUGCGGUCAAAAUAGCUGACUACCUCAGAACCAUUUUUACCACCGAUGGUGUCAAGAUUACUUACACUGUCAUAUGGUUUGACAGUAAAGUUGCCCUACACUGGAUUCAGAACAGCAAAUCUAAAAACGUCUAUGUCCGCAACAGGGUGAAUGAGAUAAGUCAGGCCAAUGAAGUGAGGUACCUCUAA